GGACGAAAAUUCCCGGACUCCGGAUGAAAAUUCGAUCAGUGCCAUCGUAAUAAUUAAAAAAGUAAUCGAACUGUCAAAAAAUGUGUCUGCCGCGUUUCAGAGCUGUCACAUUUGAAUUUGGAAUUUAUUUCUUUUUUAUUCGGUUUGUGUGAGAGUGGAGGUUCCGUGUGUGAUUGUGACCUUUGUUUUAGUAAAAAUCUAAAUUAUUUUAUUGUCCCGGUUUAUUUUUUAUAGUAGUGAGGUGACAUUUAGUGAUAUUUAUUUCGGACCAUGAAAUUAACGAUGUCCACCAGCAGCCACUGAAGACCCAUCAACAAUGAACUGACGCUAAAUUAUAAUAAUGAACCCAUAGUCAAAGAAAAAAUGACUAACGUUAAAUUAAAACUCAUGUUCUUCCUUCUAAACGCCUUGCUGACAGCUGACAUAGUCCACGCACGACCGUACUCCGAUAUGAACACCACGGAUAUUGUCUUAAAGUUUGGUAACAAUAACACUUUCAAUUUACCCAUCGAUCCCAAUUCUGAUACCCUCAUCGUAGCUGAAGAGACAGAUGAAGAAAUCAGAGAGACGGACAGAACAUCCAAAUCAGAACUCGAAGGUCUUAUGAACGCUGAACAAGGCAGAGACGAAGACCUAUCAAAAAAGGUGAUGAGAGACCAAACAAAGACCAUGGAAAUACCAAACGGAGAAGAUAGAGCUGUCGAAAAACAAAUGAACAUAUCAAGUAGUCUGCUAGAUGAUAUUAUAAAUUCAGAAACUGACAGAGAAGACACAAUCACUGAUAUACUUUUUAGACCAGAAUCAGAGUUCGCGGAAGACAUGCCAAAGUUUGAAUUUCUGAUAGCAGCCAAAAUAAACGAGAGUGACUUUUUAAAUAGAAGUGUUAGUGAGAUAGACAGAGAUAGGAACAGUAGUGAUGUGCUGAAAAAGGUGGAUUAUGUGGAGCUGGUGGAGGUGGUCAAGCCAUCCAGGGAUAACAAGAGUGCGCUGAUGAUGAACAUUACUGGACAUGAAGUGGAUAAUGAUCUGGCGCCUGAUACGAUUUUGUCUGUGUUCUCAGGCUACUCAGACGUGCAGACCCUGUUCUUGGCCUGCUUCGGGACCCUGCUGCCGCUGCUGGCUGUGCUCUUCGCUACACUGCUCAUCAGAUGUUUGUGUCGUCGCUACUGCCCCACCUUCUGUAAGAAGCACACUGGCUCUACGAAUUCUGAAAGCAGCGAGAAGCAGGAUAAUAAUCAUCAGCAGUUGAAGUCCCCAACGGAGGAGAGCACCGGCACUGAUGGUGGGGAGACUCCGGCUGCUAACGGUUCCAUCUUCACCAUGACCUUGAAGAACAACCACCUUAUCGUGGAAACUGAGGAGAGAAAUGACAUUACAAAAAAUGGUCGAGAAACUAAAAUGAAAUAUUCUCCUGACAACGACGGCAUCUUCGUCGUCGAGGUGCAACAGUCUGCAGCUUACAGACCCAGCAAAACUGUCCCAAACUCUCCACCCCAGGAUCCUCAAAUCUCAACCAAUCAGGCUCUUAUACACCGCGUUCCUGAAGAACUAGAGAAGAAGAUAGAAGAAGACAGUGAAAGGAGUAGUACGAAGUAUGAAAAGGACAAAGCACUUGCGCUAUCUAGUACCGGUCUCUCCAUUUCCGACCUCAGCAUGUCAUCAAUCGGUUCUCAUAACGUCAGCUAUUCUUAUAGUAGCCAGUUGGGCUAUGAGCAAGGACCUUUCGGGUACCCAGUAUACGCUGGCUAUGAUAUAUCUAAAGACGAUGUACCAGAGGGAAUAGUAAACGACAACUCCCAAGAACCUUUGAUUACCAAAACCCCGACAGACCCUGAUAAGCCAGUGGUAACUGCAGCAAUAUUCAAGCAAGAUUCCAUCAUAGGUAGCGACGCACUACAAGGCCCAGGGUACUGCAUCGAAGGCUCCACUGACGGACCUCUAUUAUCAGAUGUUCAAGCGAGAGAAUACAGCUUACAACAUCUUCAUGAUCAGAAAAAAUUAGAAAACGGUGUAGCAGUUCCUGUGGCAGAGAAAAUCGAGGGUUCCAAGUCAUUGAAUCGAGCUGAUAGUCUUCCUGUGCGGUUAGAAGAAGGAGAACCGGAGAAGGUACCCAUGGAAACUAUAAAGGAAGAUGAUGCUCCUGGGAAAGAUGUAUUGAAGGGUAAAAGAGGAUCAUUGCCAAUUAUAAGGACAGAUAUGUACGAAUCUGUUCGAGACGUGAUUCUACCUUCGGGAUCUCCGAAGUUUGAGAAGUUGAUGAAUGAAACGUCGCCAGGGGAUGGCGCAUACGACUCGCCUCCAAUGAUCACGAUCACAGAGGAGAGUGAAUCCAGCAAGUCUGACGGCACGAGUUAAUUCAGCGCUCGUUUUUAUGUAUAUAGUAUGUUCGAGGUUGGUUUUUGAUGUGAUGAGGUGUGGUGCCAGGGAGAGAGUACAGUGGAGGAGUAUAAUAUCGUGUUAGUGGUUACUUGGUAGAAUACAAGUAGAGAUUGAAACUUAAUGUGAUAUUCAGGUAUACCAAUUUGUGAUAUACGAAGUCUAUUUGAUUUUCGAAACUAUUUUCCAUAUUUAUCUAAAUCGUUCGUUUUCUUACCUUUAUCUAUUUCUAGAUUUCCUUUGGAUUGGGUCACUUUCUCCCUGUCACCACACUAUUUAGUAAAUAAUUUUGUAAAAUCUAUUGAAGUAGUCGUAAGCUUCCAGUCACCUCGUUGUUUCAGUUCAGGUUCAGCCACUAGUAGCCCUUGACCGCUCUGUGUGUUGCUCUGUAGGUGAAUUUGUAAAUUAGAUUUCUAUUAGGAUACUUAGUUGAUGUGGUUUGUUGAGCUAUAUAACAAUGUGUUGAACGAUCUAAAACUAAAUCAGGUGAUAAAAAUAAAUGAUUGUAAAAAAUAACUUAUCUCAUGAACGAAACGUUGUAUUGCAAACAAUGCAUAGAUUUGAGAAAAGCUUUUGAUAGAGUUGCCAUCAAUGAUUAAUCAUAUACCAAGGUCAGAUCAAGUUGGGUAAUGGUCAAACUUAAACUUAUAGAUUACAGAAUUCCACUUCAAAACGAUUUAAGCUGUGAUUUGACAAGAAUUGUUAUUUGUCUAGCUUCACUGACGGACUGAUUGACAGACUAUUAUUCAUUUUAUAUUUGUUGACGUUUCAAAAGUACCAAAUUAUGGUUUAAUUUAAAUAAAUGCUUUUGACUUUGAGCUUAGAGGUGGUCAAGCUGGUAUUUCUCUCUCUAUUCGUACUAUGAAUUGGAUAUCCACAUUAGUAUCGCUUCUUAUUUCUUCUUUGAGAAUGUGUCGGUACCAGUAGGUUUUGAUAUCGGAUUUAUAGUAUGAAUUGAUGAUGAAGGUUCUUCAGAUAAUCGUGUCAUCUAAGUAUCCUAGUGUCUGUAGGAUAGGUAUGAAACAAAGUGAUCAGGUAUAAAUAUUGAUGGUUGAAUGUUACAGAUCAUUAUUAUUUCGUUUUAUACCCUUAGUGAAACACACUAUAUUAAUUAUUUUAGGUUUAUCUUAUGUGUAUUUAACAGUGCAACAUUCGCCGUGUCGUGUUACCGAAUGCGGCUCAUGAAUAUAAGCCUCGAACUUUAAACUAGUCGAGCUCCUCGUCGAACA